AUGUCUUCUGAGGCGAGCGCGCGCAGUCUUGCCGCGCUGGUGUCUGCCAGCAAGGACGACAAGUCGCCCGUGACCGUGGCAGACUUUGCUGCUCAGGCCAUCGUGAACAGCGAGCUGACGGCUGCCUUCCCUGAUCUGCCCAUCGUGGGAGAGGAGGACGCAGGCGCACUGCGUGGCGACGACGAGACGUCGGCAUCCCUCCGCGCCAAAGUGGUCGAUGCAGUGCAUCACGUCAACAGCGCCGCUUCCCAAGAUGCCAUCCUCGCGGCCAUCGAUCGAGGCAACCACACGGGCGGACCCAGCGGCCGCUUCUGGGUACUCGCAAUGAACACAGCAGCUGCAGUACAGAGUGCCAUGUGUGUGUGUGUGUGUGUGUGUGUGUGUGUGUGUGUGUGUGUGUGUGUGUGUGUGUGUGUGUGUGUGUGUGUGUGUAACACGCGUAGCACACGAGAACAAGGGGCUCAUGCAACUGGCAUUGCUUGUCACUGCCUCACCCCAUGCAAACCAUUCCUCCUUCCCACCGCCAUCACCAAUGGCACCACUUCCCCCACAAAACAUAUACACAUCAGGCCAAGUACGCUGCGCUGUCGCGUGGUGAUGCCGACAUCUACCUUCGCCUCCCUCGGCCGAGCAAGCGGUACGAGGAGAAGAUCUGGGACCACGCUGCCGGCGUCGUUGUUGUGGAGGAGGCAGGUGGUCGUGUCACGGAUGUGUUUGGCAAGGAUCUCGACUUCUCCCGUGGACGCACGCUCAAGGACAACACAGGUGUGGUUGCGUCCAAUGGCGCCCUGCACGACGCAACCAUCGCCCAACUUGCACAGCACAUGCAGCAGCCGGCAGCCGAGUAGACCCAGGCACAUGCCCGCCAGACACACAGUUGACCUGCUCCGUUGAUGGGUUGAUUUGUUUGUGUGUGUUGCGACUUGGUUCGUGUUGUUCCACAAUUUCGUUUGUGGAUGUUUGCUCGUGUUGCGCUUUACUUGUACACCAUCCAAUACAACAGUCGGAGGGAAAUCAAC